GUCCGCCAAUAAAUCAUACACAUACCACUCCCAAGAACCAAUAGCCAAAUAAAUACCGAUGGAGUGCAUUUGCAAUUUGAGACAUCCAUCAACCAAAACGGAAAUAACCACAUCAUAGGCGAAGAAGCAGGAACAAUUAAUAGCUAUACACUGGAUCCCACAUUUUUAGAAGGUAGUCAAUAUCAAUUAUUUAUUUGAAAAAAUUUUUUUAAUGAAAAUGUUUUUUUGCAGCAAUUCAAAGCACCAUUGAUGCAGCUGUAUCCAGAUCUAUGGGAAGAAUCGUCGAGGAGGUAAGAAGCUUGCGGCGAGAUAUCGCAGAGUUGAGGAAUAGCAGAGACAAUGUUCCAUCAAAAAAGAUUAUGCCAGCGGAACCUUUAAACACAGUGGAGCAAUUUAUGGAAUUGGAGAGUUUACUCCAGAAGGAUGAAGAAUAUGCUAAAUUUAAAUCGGAACUUAUGCAAAAUAUUAAAUACACAGGAGCGAAAUUCGUCAGAACAGCUUGGCGCUCAUUGGUAUCCGAUGAAUGUGCUCAACAUUUUGCUUGGAGUGGAACGUCACACAAAAAACCUGUCCGCGUCUUAAAAGUAUCUAUGGCUAUCCGAGAUGUCUUCUUACAUGAAGUGAAGGGCAAUGACACUGAAUAUAUAAGUGGCACCAAGACGAUUUUUCAAUUUGCCAAAAAUAGACAAAAACGGAAGCACCAAAAUGCAGCAAAUUAAUUAUUUUACCUAACUAUUUUUCUAUCAUUUCAUUUUUAAAGAAUGUUUUUUAAAUUUUAAUUUUUAGUAUAAGUUUAAUUUAACUUAUCAAGA